AUUGUCUGAUUUUUUUUUUUUUAAUUAAUAUUUUUGGAUGAUUGCGAAGCUCAUUGUUUGGUUUCAUGGUCAUUUUUCUCCAAUUCAUUGUUGAAAAACAUGUGAUUUCAUUUGUGGCCAAUUUUUGACUUCAGAUGGUAACUGAUAUUUAGCUUCGUAAUAAUUUUUUUUUGGGGGGUUAGUUUCAGUUUUAGAUAGGAUUAUCUUUUAUUCCUAAAAGCUAUAUAAAAGGGUUAUGGAUGGGUUGUAUUUUGGUGGGACGAUUGAUUAAUGAAAUAUCAAUACGUUGGGUAUUGAGGUGCUGAUGCCUUGGUGCACUUGAUCAGCUGGCAACCCCUAAAUGUUGAUUCUUAGGGUUAUCUUUUUUUGUUUUUUGGUUCUCAUAAUUUCUUCUGCAUCAACUUCUUUCUCUGGUGUCCUAUUAGGUCAUUUUCACGUAUGGUGAUUUGACAGGUGUUUAUGUUCAACAUUUAGGGGCUUUAUAUUGAAAUUACUUUUUUCUCACAAAUAACAGUUUAUUAUCUAAGAUUUGUUAUAUAAUUUUUUUGUAAAAAUGCUGCGGACGUAUCAUUUUUCUCUUUUGAAGCCAUUGCAGCCUCCUCGUGUUGCUUUUCAACUUCCAAAAAUUGCACUUGAUGUUCCAGCUUCUUUGCUUAUCUUGCUUCUUCUUCUUCUUCCUUUUUUGGUGGGGACCGUGGGGUGCUUUUUGUUUUAUUUUUGGUUGAUGACCAUUCAAGGUUAUGUUAGAGAAGCCAUCCCCAAAGUUAGUUGAGGUUCCUAAUUGCUGUUGUGAUUCUAAUCUUGUUGAGUUUUAUUCUAUAAGGAGGAUUUAAUUAUCACUUCCUGUUGUGAGAUGUAAAAGUUAAGAUGGUAAAAAAGUGAAAAGUUAAAAAGGUAGUAAAAACAUAAAAUGUUAAUUCUUUUUCCAUCGUAACAUUUACAUAUUCUAACCAAGUGGUAACUACAGUCUCUUUUUUUUUUUUUUUUUGAUAGAUAUAAUAAAAUUUCAAUUUAUAAUGUUUAUUCCAUUAUGACCGUUCUUUAUCAUUAUGCCAAAGUAUUAAUCAAAAUUAUUGGCAGAUUUUGAACCAUAAUUUGUUUAUUUAACCAUAAAAAAUUUUAUUAAUUAAAUUUAUGAGAACCAACUCUAAUUAGAAUGUUUAUCUAUUGCACCAUAUGUAAAUCUGGAUUAUAAAACGUGUUCAAUGAAAAGACAAUACGCUCAAAAUUUUAAUUUUCCCAUGACUUUCUCUCUCUUUUUUUCUUCUCAAAUAACAAAAAAUUUGAUACCACAAGAAAUGUAUAAUUUUUGCCACAACUAUUCAUGUGAUUGAUUGAUUGUGAUUGGAGGUAAAAAGUAAUGAUCUCCAGUAUAUUAAAGUGAUAUACAAUAAAUCAUAGUCCUAGUCCACCCCGUAAGAAAGUUGUGGCAAAAACUGUGAUUUAUUUUUGUUUAUGGUUUUAGAAGAACUCCUACAAUAAUGUCAUUUAUUUAUUCCGCUUUGGCCACACCCCUUCCUCUCUUUUUCGUGCAACUUGAGACCCCCCUUUUAACUCUAUCCGGUACAACAUCAUUGUCCGGUUCCCACAUGGCCAUUAUUUCCAGAUUGUUAACGUUUCAGGUCAUAGAUUCAUGUCAUCUUAUCUAUGUAUUUUGAUCUUCUGAUUUAUUUUUUGUUUCUUUAAUGUUAUAAUUUUGAAUAUCGUUUCUUUUAUGUAUGUUUUCUACUUGUUUGUGUAUGAAACUGAAAGUGUCGAAUUUUCAUUGCUGAAUAAACAGAUUCACAGGAAGUGAUGACCACUGAAUCAGACACAAAACGCAAAAAAUACGCAGAGGUUGACAGGAUCAGCAAUCUACCGGACUUACUUCUCUGCCACAUCCUUUCAUUUCUCCCAACCAAACAGUCCGUCGCCACAACAAUAUUGUCGACUAGGUGGAAGCCGCUCUGGACUAUGGUCCCUGUUCUUGAUUUCGAAGACAUCAAAAGACAGAACCAAGACGAUGCUGCUGAGUCUAAUGAUGGUAUGACCUUUACACAUUUUGUAUGGAGAGUUUAUGCUCUCCGCAAACCCAUACAUGUGAAGAAAUUAAAACUCCAAUUCCACAACCGUUCUGUUGUGGAUCCAAUCUAUGUCCGUACAUGGAUUUCUUAUGCAAUAGGGCAUCACCUCGAAGAACUCAGACUCUACCUCUUAGGUAAUCUUAGCCAACCAGUUGAGUUGCCUCAAAGUUUUUAUAAUUCCGAGUCACUGAAGGUUUUGAGACUGGAUGGUGAAGUCCUUCUCAAUUGUCCUUCAUUCGUUCAUUUUCCGAAUCUCGAGCAUCUUUUUCUUGGAUUUGGAAUCAAGUAUGCAAAUGAUGACUGUUUUCGUAGGCUCAUAAGUUGUUCUUCUCACUUAAAAAACUUGUUUGUCUUCAGUGAUCCAAAAGAUAAGAAUGUUAGAUUCAAGCUUGAUAUAAAUGCACCCAUUCUUAAGUAUCUUUUUCUCUGGGGUCGAGAUUGCCAAGAUUAUUUGCUUGAAAACGUGACUAAUGUUGUUAAAGCGUAUGUUUAUUUACUUGGACUCCGGCACAAUGAUGAGCAUGAAAAUUACGGUCACUGCAUACUCAAGCUUCUCAGAGCGAUCCCUAAUGUUAAAACUUUGACAUUGCAUUUCACCAAGGGUCUUAGCUUUGCUUUUACAUAUGAUAUUCCAAAAUUUAAUAAUCUGAGAUUGUUGGAACUUAGAGUUAGUUGCUGCGAAUGGCAGCUACUACCAAAAUUCCUCGAAAGUGCUCCUAAUCUUGAGAAUCUUUUUCUUAAAAAGGUAAAUACUGAAGGACCACAUGAGUCAUGCUGGACAGAGCCACCACAUGUUCCUAAAUGUCUAACAUCACACCUUCAGAGUUUUUAUUUUUUAGGAUUUAGAAGCUUGGAUCAUGAGCUGGAACUCGUAAAAUAUAUUCUAAACAAUGCGAAAGUCUUGAAAACAAUGGGAAUACAAACUGGCUUAUCGGAUUUUGAGGAAAACUUUCUUAUUCUCAAGAAGUUGCCAGGGUUUCCAAGGUGCUCUUUGACAUGUCGACUUGAAUUUUCAACAGUAUACUCUCCCUCUCUUUCUCUCUCUCUUACUGUAUCUGACUCUAGUCAACCAUCUUUAUUAUUGGGAUCUUCUAAGGAAACAAUGGCACAAUAUCCUCCAAGCAAUCGCUCCCCUGAUACCAAAUCUGGACUUUGACAACCACCAUUACUAUUAGAGCUCUCGGAGGAAUAAUCACUCUCUUUUAUAAUUGAUUGUAUAUGUUUAUAAUUCUCUCUUUUAUAUAUAUAUAUAUAUAUAUAUAUAUAUUUUUUUUAAUAUCUGAGAUGGAAAUCCCACUCCACCUUAAUCUUAGAAUAUGUGUGUGAACUCUCUUCUAGAAACUUAAACCCUGUUUCUCGGCCCCCAACCCCCUUCCCUCACCCCACAAGAAUUUAAACUUGUAAAGUAAGCAUCACAUCAAAAGUACGUGACUGUGCAGUUGUGUAUAUGUUUAUAAUUCUGACUAUGUAGAGAUAUAAGACAUUUUGUACCAUAACAGGAGAGGUACUCACAUUAUAUAUGUAAGGAAAUAUACAAUAAUUUCCCUCAA